AUGCCACUGCACUUUCCUCUCCAGCCUGGCCACAUUCUCUUCCUCGCAAACGUACUUGGGCACCUUACAAUCCAACACCAUACGGGCUUUGGAAACGCGGGCAGCUGCUUCACAAGGACCCCCCUAUUUAUCAUACAGGUAAAGUCCAAACAUGGGCCCCAUAGGUGUUUGGUCCGCGGGUGUUCCGUACUCCGAAAGUUCCGACUGACACGUUUGUGCCUGGCGCAAGUGGUGGGUCUCCUCUCCGCAGAGUUUGUGUUUGAAGCUCUGAAGGACUGCGCGGCCUCAGCUCUAACGAGGCUGCGACGUACAGUUUGUGUUCGAAGCUCUGAAGGACUGCGCGGCCUCAGCUCUAACGAGGCUGCGACGUACGUGAGGCGCCUUAGCACGGUAUCGUGCACGGGUCUCCUCUCCGCAGAGUUUGUGUUUGAAGCUCUGAAGGACUGCGCGGCCUCAGCCCUAACGAGGCUGCGACAGUUUGUGUUUGAAGCUCUGAAGGACUGCGCGGCCUCAGCUCUAACGAGGCUGCGACGUACGUGGUCCGUACUGCAGGACCAAAGCGUGGCACUGCACUCGGGGGACAUUGCCCACAGCGCCGCACACUUCUAUCCGGGCUCUGGAUACCAUCUACGCAUCUUGUUGGAGAAUCCUCCACGGUUUAUUUACUGGAAAAGGCACUAG